AUGCAUGAGAAGUUGAUCUCAGGCUCCUCAUGGAUCUUUCAUUCCGCAGGCCCAUAUAAGGACACAGUGAACCUCCCUAUCACAAAGUUCAAUAUGCGAGCAAAUUCCACUCAGCGGGAGCCGGAGCUACAGAAGUUCUGGGAGAAGAAUGGCAUCUAUGAGCAGCUGCUCAAAAGCAAUCCAGGGGAAGUAUUCACCUUACACGAUGGGCCUCCCUAUGCAAAUGGGGACACACACUUGGGGCAUGCGCUGAACAAGAUCUUAAAAUCCAUCAUUGUCAACUACCAGCUUCUGGGAGGCAAGAAGGCCAGAUAUGUGCCUGGCUGGGACUGCCAUGGCCUGCCCAUUGAGCUCAAGGUGCUGCAGAGCAUGUCUGACGAGCAGCGGCGCGAGCUCGACCCCAUCAAGCUACGACGCAAAGCCCGAGACUUUGCCCUGAAGACCGUCAAAGCGCAGCGCGAGCAGUUCAAGCGGUACGGCAUAUGGGGCGACUGGGACGCCCCCUACCUGACGCUGGAGCCCAAGUACGAGGCGGCGCAGCUGCGCGUGUUCGGCAAGCUGGUGGCGGCAGGGCACAUCUACCGCGGCCGCAAGCCUGUGCACUGGUCUCCCUCCUCCGCCACCGCCCUGGCCGAGGCAGAACUGGAAUAUCCCGAGGGCCACACCUCCCGCAGUAUCUACGUCGCCAUGCCCCUCACCAGCCUAGGUGAUGCAAUGCCAGAGGACCUGAAAGAGAAGCUGUCGGGGGCUGCUGUGGCGAUCUGGACAACCACUGGCUGGACCAUUCCAGCAAACGAGGCUGUGGCCGUCAACGAACGCAUGAAUUAUGGCGCAGAGUCAUGGGCUCACAGGCGCCUGGUUGUGGCAGAGGAAUUGGUGGACAGCCUGGGGGCCAAGUUUGGCGUGCAGCUGCAGCGGCUGGGCAGUCUGACUGGCGGCCAGCUGGCGGGUUGCCAGUACAGGCACCCACUGUUUGAACGCACCAGCCCUGUACUCAUUGGCGGCGAUUACAUCACCACCGAGUCAGGCACUGGCCUCGUGCACACCGCCCCGGGUCAUGGCCAGGAAGAUUACCAGGUGGGCUUGAAAAACGGGCUGCCCAUUUCAUCUCCAGUCGACGAUGAUGGCGUCUUCACAGAGGAAGCAGGCCCCUUCAAGGGGCUGCCGGUUCUGAAGGAGGGCACAGCGGCGGUGAUUGAGGCGCUGCAGCAGAAGGGGUGCCUGCUGAAGGAGGAGCGCUACGCGCACAAGUACCCCUACGACUGGAGGACCAAGCUGCCCACCAUCUUCCGCGCCACAGACCAGUGGUUUGUGUCGGUGGAGGGGUUCCAGGCGGCGGCGAUGGACGCGGUGCGCUCUGUGCAGUGGAUCCCGGCGUCGGGCGAGAAGCGCAUCACGAGCAUGGUGGAGGGCCGCUCCGACUGGUGCAUCAGCCGCCAGCGCUCCUGGGGCGUUCCCAUCCCAGUCCUCUACUACACCGACUCCGGCGAGCCGCUGAUGACGGAGGAGACGAUUGAGCAUAUGGCGGCGGUGGUGGAGGCGAAGGGCACGGACGCCUUCUGGCAGCUUCCCAUAGAGGACCUGCUGCCGGAGCGGCUGCGCACGGAGGCGCCCAAGCUGAGGAAGCAGCUGGAAACCAUGGACGUGUGGUUUGACAGCGGCACCAGCUGGGCCGGCUGCGUGGAGAGCACCCCCGGGCUGGCCUUCCCUGCAGACCUCUACCUGGAGGGGAGUGACCAGCACCGUGGCUGGUUCCAGAGCUCUCUUCUGACCGCAGCAGCCGCGCGCGGCUCAGCGCCGUACAAGGCUGUGCUGACGCACGGGUUCACCCUCGAUGAAAAGGGGUACAAGAUGAGCAAGUCGCUGGGGAAUGUGGUGGACCCGCGAUCCAUCAUUGAGGGCGGCAAGGACAAGAACAAGGAGCCGGCUCUGGGAGCGGAUGUGCUGCGCCUCUGGGUGGCCUCCGUCGAUUACACCGGGGACAUGGUGAUGGGCCCAUCAGUCAUGAGCCAGGUAGCGGAUGUGUACCGUAAGCUGCGCUUCACGCUGCGAUUCAUAUUAGGGAACCUGCACGACUUUGCGCCGGCGUCAGACGCCGUUCCCUACGAUGCCCUCCCUGCCACCGACCGCUUCAUCCUGUCCAGCUUUGCCACGCUGCUCUCCGGCCUGUCCGCCUCCUACGAGACCUACCAGUUCUUCAGGGUGUACCAGGCGGUGCAGCGGUUUGUGGUGGCGGACCUGUCCAACUGGUACCUGGAUGUGAUCAAGGACCGCCUGUACGUGUCCGCCGACGACUCCUUCGACCGCCGCGCGGCCCAGACCGUGCUGCACUCCCUCCUGCAGGGGCUGCUGCCAGCGCUGGCGCCGAUUGUGCCGCAUCUUGCGGAGGACGCAUGGCAGGCGCUACCCUGGGAAGCCCCCAGUGUGUCGGUGUUCCAGGCCGGCUGGCUCGCCCCCCCGCAGCAGUGGGCCGCCAUCCCGGCCGACCAGCAGCGCGCCUUCAAGGCCCUGCUGCAGAUCAGGGAGGAGGUCAACAUGGUGCUGGAGAGGGCGCGGCAGGACGGCUUCCUGGGCGCCAGCCUGGAGGCCAAGGUGCUGCUGCAUGUGGCCGACGCUGACCUGGCCGCCAGCCUGCGCUCCCUGCAAGGGGCGGGCAAUGCAGCAGAUCCACUGCGCUACGCAUUCAUUGUGAGCCAGGCUGAGUUGGCAGAGGACGAGGGCCAGGUGGCAUCCACCAGCUACAGCAAGGCCACUGUUCUGGAGGGAGUCGGCAGCAUUGCCGUGGGCGUCAGCCGCGCCGACGGCCAGAAAUGCUCCAGGCAAGCCCCUGCCCCCGGACACAGUUCCCUCAUGCACAAGUGCUGGAAUUACAGCACGCAGGUUGGGUGCGACCAUGAUCACUCCCAGUUGUGUGAGCGCUGUGCCCCGGUCAUCCGUGGGAUGGGCUUCGAACUGCCUGCAGCGGUUGUUCCUGCGCCGGAGGCGGCCGCUGUACCUCUUUAG